UUUCGCGCGGCGCAUGGAAAGCGUUAUGGAAAAGCGCUAUGCAGUUAAUACGGAGAAGAGUGGUGAAAUCAUCGUCACAGUGCAGGGCGAUCUUUCACAGCAGGAAAAGCGGGCCGUCUUCCUCACCGUGCACGAUCUGGGAACCAACCAUUCUUCGUUCGAGGAGUUCGUCAACAGUGCGUGUAUGAUUGAAAUCAAAGAACGGUCGUGCUUCAUCCACAUCGAUGUGCCCGGCCAUGCGGAUAAUGCUCCCAAUUUGGCAGACUCGUUCCAGUUUCCGUCGCUGCAACUGCUCGGCGAGGAGCUGAUCACGGUGCUGGACUUCCUGCACGUGAAGUACGUGAUCGGGCUGGGCGAGGGGGCGGGCGCGAACGUGCUGGCCCGCUUCGGCCUUGCCCACCCGUCCCGCUGCCUCGGGCUGAUCCUGAUCAACGUCACCGGCUCGGCCGCGUCCGUGCUGGACGUGUUCAAGACCAAGUUCAUCUCGUGGAAGGGCGACGAGGUGGGCCAGUCGGCCGAGGACUUCCUGCUGUAUCACAAAUUUGGCUACGUCUUCUCAGAGCAACUCGUUGGCGAUAAUCCGGACAAGGAAAAGAUCGUAUCCGAGUUCCAGAGCCGCCUGCACAGCUCGCUGAACAACAAAAAUCUCAAGCAAUAUGUUAAAGCAUUUAUGUCGCGCAAAGAUCUGCCACUGAAGAACUGCAAGGUCGAUUUGCUGCUGAUCACCGGCAUCAUGAGCCCGUACGCCAGCGUCGUCGAGAAGCUGUACAAGGAUCUGAACAAGGAGAAGGUCACGCUGCUGAAGGUGGAACGUGCCGGGGACGUAUUGGCGGAUGCGCCAGCCAAGGUGGCCCAAUCGAUCCUGCUGUUCUGCAAGGGCCAGGGUCUGCUGACGUCGGUGGCCAUGCCCGGUGUUGACCGUAACCGCGCGUUUUCCACCAGCUCCGGCGGCUCGGCCGAGGGGCCCACCGGUGCGAGGCGUUUGUCGCGUGGCAUGUCGAUGGAGGACUACGACAAGCCGAACAUCCGGCGACUCAGUGUCACGAUCAACGAGCAGCUUCCACCGAUCAAGAAGUAGAUUAUCCAAGCGGGCGAAAGACGCGAAGGAGGCGAAUGUUAAGGUGUCUCAUUUUAUAUGGCCACUCGUUGCGAUUUUCACCGUGGGCGUUUAAAAAGGAACACGCGCAUACCGAAGAAUGAAGAAAACGCUUUGUCAUAUAUACCGAUAUGUAGAAAAAUACAAUGUAUCACAUUCGCUAAUCGUUAGAAUUUUCUAUACCACACACACACAUACACACACAAACAAAAUCGACCAUUUUAAGACAGAUACCAAACAAAACCAAAUGUCUACUUCCUAAAAAAGAUAAAAAAAACAGAGGGCGGCUUGUGUGACGACGUACAUACAGAUAUCGAUAUUAAACCUGGCAAUAUUUUAAACCACACUUCUAGUACCCCUGGUACAUACACAAAUACACACACACACACACACACACACACACACGAACCGAGCAAUGAUAACGGACCUGUAUAACCUCAGAGUGUUAAGCAAACCAUCACCUAAAUGUGACCUUUUUUUCUAAACAAACCAACAUGAAAGUGAAACAAAGUAAUACAAACAUCUACUGUUUACAGUGCACAAUUUCGGUAGCUACGGCAAGAGGUGGAGCAGAACAUAAAUGCACUUAGAGAGCUUUUUUCAGCCACGGUAUGUGACGGUAUUUUAGGAGGGAACUGAAGAUAAUCCACUCCAUCUCCAGGGCAUUGUUGAGCGAUCAGUUUCAUAGCGAUGAUGUGUAUGAUUUCUAGAGCCUAUAUAUACACGCAACUAAAUCUAAAGCAGAAGUAUAUACAAAACUAUUUAAAAAUGCUACUCUAACGUAACAAUUAGCGAAGCGGAAGCGAGGAGAAUGAGAAGAAGAAGAAGAAGAAGAAGAAGAAGAAGAAGAAGAAAAAACAUAAACACAAGUAAAAUAAUCACACGUAUAGUGAGUAACACGCUGAUAACAUCCUUCGAAUGUUAGACAUUACAUAACGAAACAAAGAACAUUAAACUAAAUAUAAAAAAUAUAUAUAUACACAAAACUAUAUUUUAACUCUUUUUAGAUGAAUGUAAGAAGCCGUGCGGAAGUAUCCUGAGUGACAAAAGCAUCUUGAAAAAAAAAACACUCAAACUCAGAACAAGACCGCGACGUUUUCAAAACUUUCUUCUACCCACCAAAUGGUUUAACUGGUUUAAAACCAUUGAGAAG